CGGGGUACUUAUAUAUCCACCAGCGCCGCUGCCAGCUGUUGCACAGACGAACGUCAGACAGUCGUAGAUACCCUGUUUGUCUACCAUCAACCUACCUCUCACGCAACAAUCAGCCCAUACAUAUCGCAGCAUCCGCAUACACCUGCGCCCAAGGCAUAGACCUACAAAAAUGAAGAUCACCAACGCCCUCCUACCCUUGCUCUACCUGAGCGCGCACGGCGCCUCGGCCCUCUCGGUCCCCCACUCCGACGACGCCACUUCCGCACUCGCCCCGCGCAACGACAACGCCGACGCCGCCGUCCCUGACACCUCGUACUGGCACCAUUACCACGCGGCGCGCGCCGUCGCGUCCGAGCUGCUCAGUAAGCGCGGCCUCGAGAAGCGCAAGGGUGGCGGAGGACGCGGCGGUGGCAGCAGCGGCGGCUCUUCUUCUGGAGGCCGUAGCGGUGGGUCGAGCUCUGGAGGAUCAAGCUCAGGAGGCCGUAGUGGCGGAUCAAGCUCUGGUUCUAAUGGCCGCACAUCGGGCACCUCCAACGCCGGCGGAAGCACGCGCUCAGGCAGCGGUCCCGCACCUGCCUACGGCGGCGGACGCUACUACGGCGGCGGCGCCACGACGCCCUACAGAGCGGGCGGGCGCUCACCCGGCGGGCUGACGCCCUUCCUGCUCCCUCUGGCCGUGCUCGCCUUCAUCCCCGCGAUCUGGGCGCUUAGCGCCGCGGGCGCCUACAGCUACCACUACAACCACCCGUACAGCUUCCGCAACGAAUCGGACACGAACAACAACGGCACCAACACGACGCUGCCUGUCCAGUGCUUCUGCGGGAAGGAGAGCGUGUGUGGCUGCGACGAGACGAACGACACAUCUUACUAUGACAGCUUGAUCGGAAAUGGCAGCUACGCUGCGCUGAACAAGAGCGUGGUUGACGUUGCGCGGGUCAAUGGCACCGACACGCUGAUCAUUAACGGCAAUUUGCCGAACGGAACGACGGCGUCGGGCGGCAGUGACGAUGACUCCACGAGCGCCGCGGCGGAGAGCCUGGCCCGCUUUGCGGGCUGGUGGGGCAUGCUGGCUGCGGUGGCGGCUAUCGUGUGCCUGGUUUAGGCGGAAGGAGGGAAGAAAGGUUGCGGGUGCUUGCUUGGCUGGUUCAUGAUGGAAUGAUUGAUACCCCGGAAAAUAUGCGCGGCUUGGUGUGGACAUACAUGAUGGGGUAGAGACAGUUGGUGGACGCGAGCACGGCUGGGUAUUGUUUCGGGUUUUUUGAUAUGCCUUGUACGAUGGAAUGAGGGUGGAGACGCAGUCACUGUACUACUUCAUCGACCUGCUUAGCGGGUUACUAGUAAUUAAUGAAGAAGCGAGCGGGCGUUUAUAAUUAAUUCCGCCUGGUUGGU